GUAGGCUUUGAGCUAUUCAGCUCAUUGCUGAUUGCUUUUAUCAGUUGGCAGUUGUUUGUUGCAUGCCAGAGACCGUCUAACUGAGGGAUUACUCGAUGGCUUUUCCUCAUGGAAGUUGGCACACGAUUCUUCAGUGACGACAUUGGAAAGAUGUCGAACUUGGAUGAGAUCGUGUUCUCAAACAACGAUCUUGGUGGAUGCUUGCCUGUUGAGGUCGGGUUGUUAAAGAAUGUAACAGUGUUCAAUGCUGCUGGGAAUUCGCUUUCUGGGAUAUUGCCAAAGACCCUUAAUGGUCUUUCACAUGUUGAAGAAUUGGAUCUUUCGCACAAUUCCUUAACUGGCUUUGUUCCGGAGAAUCUAUGUAGUUCAUCAAAUUUGAAGAAUUUCAAGUUUUCGUUCAAUUACUUCAAUGGCGAGGCCAAAAGUUGUGAACCACAUACGAGGAAAGAUGUGACUUUCGAUGAUACAAACAAUUGUUUGCCUGAUAGACCAAAACAAAAGUCUCAAAAACAAUGUCAGCCUAUUGUGAGCAAGCCAAUUGAUUGUAGUAAGGCUAAAUGUGGAGGACCCUCAUCAAAAUCUCCUCCUCGUAAGAAAAAUGAAGUGCCACCAAAACCAACACCUUCUCCCACACCAAAAUCUCAACCUCCUAAAUCAAAGCCUAAUCCUCCACCUACCCCCAAGUCACCACCCACCCCUAAACCAUCUCCAAAGCCUCAUGCUCCACCACCCACCACAAAGAAGGCUUCUCCUCCUCCUGUUUCCUCUCCACCACCACAAGUCUUCUCACCGCCGCCAAUAGUACAUUCUCCACCACCACCUGUCCACUCUCCUCCUCCACCUGUUUCCUCUCCACCACCUCCGGUACACUCCCCACCACCUCCCAUGCACUCGCCACCACCCGUUCACUCUCCACCGCCACCUCCAGUACAUUCUCCACCACCGCCUGUCCACUCUCCUCCUCCACCUGUUGCCUCUCCUCCACCACCCAUACAUUCGCCACCACCUCCCGUACACUCUCCACCACCACCGGUCCACUCCCCACCACCACCCGUCCACUCUCCACCGCCACCUCCAGUACAUUCUCCACCACCACCCGUCCACUCUCCACCACCACCAGUCCACUCCCCACCACCACCUAUAGUUCAUUCUCCACCACCGCCUGUCCACUCCCCACCACCACCACUAAAAUCUCCACCACCUCCUUCUCCAAAGUUGUCCCCGCCUCCACCUUUCGAACAUGUUGUCCUUCCACCAAAUAUUGGUUCAAUUUACGCAUCACCACCUCCGCCAAUCUUCCAAGGAUAUUAAUCAAACAAUGAAGCUUUGUCUCGUUUUCACCUUUUUAGUACGUACAAUAUUUAGUACAUGUAGAACUACAUCAUUGUAUUUCUGUUUGUCGAAGUACCUAAUAUAUGGUGAUGUUUUUCUUUGUUUUUUUUACCUCUUCUUUGAACUGAUAGGAAUAUUGUUCUGGAAGAACUUGUAUAUGAAAUUAUAAAUAUAAAAAUUUUCUACAAUCAGGUAC